CCUUCCACUUUCAAAUCAAAUAUUCUUUCUUUUUGCCUUCUCUUACGCCUCUGAAGUUCUCUCCAAAGUGGGCAUAGGCACUACCUGGUUCUUUCGGCUGUUUGCUGUUUCUGGGUAUGCGCUGUAAUGUUCCAGCAAGCUACUAGCUUGUGUGGGUGCUCUUUCAAUUGUGGCGUCUCCAGUUCCAGUUGUGAUCCAUCGAGUGCGAAUAUCAAAAUCUCAUAUAUUCCACACGUUCUGGUUCCCUCAUAGUAUGCAUGCAUCAACCCCGUAUCGUCUUGGGGGAGAUACCCCUAUUCAUGUUUCCGUGCUUAGCAUUCUGUGCCACAACUCGGAUAGGAAUCAGCUUCAUUAACUGCGCACCGGCUGUAAGGAGAGGCUAUGUUCCCUUUGCGCCGCAACCCUCGUUGUCUCUGCGACGCCCGCCAACUGCUGCGAAGAUGCUCCCCCGAACCAGUCAGGGCUUCAUUUCGCUCGCACCGUCCGCAUAUAGAUACAUAAGGCGUGGUUCGACUCGUGACGCCGAGCUCGAUGUAA